AGGUUGGAAUUAAACAUGAAGACAUAUAGUCUAGAUAGAAUAUCAAACUAUGUUGAGCUGGAUCCCAACUUUGUAGUUGAUGUUGUUCAAGAAGAUCUGCCACCCCUCAAGCUCACUAGGCCACCUGGUUGUUUAUCUGACUCAGACUGUGAUGUAGAAGGGACCUCCACCUCCACCGAUUACUCUCAUACAGCAGACUGUGGAGUGUCACCUAGGGAGUUGAGCAUACGUCUCCAUGAGGUAAUUCAUUUGCAGCUUGAAGCACGUAUCAUGGAACUCGAGAUUGCGCUUGAAGACACCCAGAUGAGGUUGCAUGCCAUUGAAUCAGAACAUAUGAUCUCUCAAAAUAACUUGUAUGUGGAAAAAAGAUCUUCAACCCAAGAAAGCCCAACAUUUAUGGAUGAAGGCAAUGUGGAUGGACCUUUCAUUAUAAAUACUAGUCGCUAACCCGUACGAUGCACGGGAAAGCUAUUGA